UCUACCCGCAAUGUUCUUCGAUCUUUGAACCCUAACCCGACAUAACCCCUCCACCGCCUCUCAUCUUCUCUGCCCCUUAAGAACCUCAAUCGGCAUGUGAAUAUAUUCUGUUCCUUCUUCUUUUCCCGGUCGUAUCCAAGAUUCGCUUCUAGGGUUUGCAAGGAAAAAAAAAAGAAUUGUGAAAAAACGACAGUUUCUUGUUAGUCUUAUAUGAUGACGGAUUCGUGGUGAGGUUCUUAGGUCGGAGUUGUACACCCUCUGAUUUUGUGAUUUAUUAUGUGCUGAAAUUCAUAUUUCUUUUAUGGACACAUCGAUUGGAUUAUUCUUCUUGUUUCGAUCAUCUCCAUUUCGUAUUUUUACCCUCUUAUUUGAAUUAAAGUCUCUGUAUUUUUACCAAGAGAAUGAAUGCUCUUUCAUAUACAAGUAUGUGAGCAAUCAAAAUGAACGUGCCAGCUUACUACAUGCAAGACUGAUAGCCUUAAGUUACGGGUACAGAAUCAGAUUGUCGUGGACAGGAUCUUCACUGACAGCCUUGAAUCUUCCUCGCAUGCCUCCAAACGCGGUGCAGUAUGCUGCUCCAAGUAGUGUUGGGCUUCCUGUACCCCCACCUACGCCACCAGUCAUGCCCAUGGCUGCUUCGGUUCGGCCACCUUCGCCUUCAAUGCCAAUGACUUCUGGACAGCAAUCUCUUUUGGUCAAUUAACCACCCUCAAUGCCACCAUCAAUAUCUAUGAAUGCCCCCAGUAUGCAUGUACCACCUCCACCUGGUUCACAGUUUGCAUGCUCCUAUGCCAGUUCCCCAAACUUAUGUUCCUCUUCCUGUACACCCACUUACCAUACGUAUGAUGCCUCCGUCGCCGUUGCCUCAAGGAAUGCCUCCACCACCACCACUGAGGAAGCUCCUCCACCGCUUCCGGAUGAACCAGAGCCAAAGAGGCAGAAGCUUGAUGAUUCUUUUCUUAUUCCGGAUGACCAGUUUCUUGCUCAACAUCCGGGGCCUGUUCGUAUCUCCGUGUUUGUUCCCAAUGUUGAGGAAGGAAAUCUCAAAGGGCAGCUUCUGGAGAUAACAGUGCAGUCCUUAUAAGAAACCGUUGGCAGUGUAAAGGAGAAAAUUGCAGGAGAGAUCCAGCUUCCUGCCAAUAAGCAAAAACUGAGUGGAAAACCUGGCUUUCUCAAGGGCAAUAUAUCGUUGGCAUAUUAAAAUGUUGGAGUAGGAGAAACACUAGCCCUUUUCUUUAAGAGAGCGCGGUGGUAGAAAAAAAUGAACAGCUUCCAUGACCAGGACAUUCGAGCUCUGACGGCAGGCAGCUAUUUACACUGCCGGGGGACUGCAGUAACUGGAGGCAGCAGAUAAAUUCUUAAUUUUUAUUGUAUCGCUCUAAUUGGUAGAAAAAACAACAAAGAUGUCAUCCCUUUCUGUACAAAAAUACAAGCCAGGAGCUGAGAAGAUUUUCUUAUAUUUUCCGAAGAUGAUUAUAAUUUAUUUUAACAUUCAUCAUUGGAGAUAUUUGGGGUGAUUCAACAGGAUUGAA